CUGGUUGUUCUCUUUUCCCCAGGAAGAUGGAGAUUCCAGUCCCACCAACGUCAAAGUGCAUUCUUUAUUGGAAAAGGAAAGUCAAGUCAGAAUACAUGCGCCUUAGGCAGCUCAAGAGGUUUCAGGCAAACAUGGGAGCAAAGGCUUUGUUUGCCUCUAACUAUGCAAAGGUACAAGAAAAGACAAACAUCCUGAAUGAAGACUGGAAGAAGCUCAGAGUUCAGCCUAUUCAGUCAAUGAAGCUGGUUAGGGGACAUCCUUUUCUCAAACAGUGCUCAAUUGAGAGCCUCUUCCCCAGUUUCACCACACAGACCUUGUUCAUGCGGACCCUCAACACCGUGGCCCUGGUGCCCAUCAUGUAUUCCUGGUCCCCGCUCCAGCAGAAUUUCAUGGUGGAAGACGAAACUGUUUUGUGCAACAUCCCCUAUAUGGGAGAUGAAGUGAAAGAAGAAGAUGAAACCUUCAUUGAGGAGCUCAUCAACAACUACGAUGGCAAAGUACACGGAGAGGAAGAAAUGCUGUCUAGCUCAGUCCUCAUCAGUGAUGCUGUGUUCCUCGAGCUGGUCGAUGCACUGAAUCAGUACUCUGAGGAGGAAGAUGAAGGGCACGAAGCCGCCGAGGGCAAACUGGAAGCUGGGAAGGAAGAGCUGCCCAUCACUCGGAAGAGAAAACGGCUUUCUGUGGAAAGCAGCAAGAAAUGUUCCAAGAAGCACUUUCCGAAUGACAUGAUUUUUACUGCUAUUUCAUCAAUGUUCCCUGAAAAUGGUUUCCCAGAGGAUAUGAAGGAGAGAUACAGAGAACUGACGGAAGAGUCGGACCCAAAUGUGCUCCCUCCACAGUGCACCCCGAACAUUGAUGGGCCGUGUGCCAAGUCAGUCCAGCGUGAGCAGGCCCUGCACUCCUUCCACACUCUUUUUUGUAGACGUUGCUUCAAGUAUGACUGUUUCCUCCAUCCUUUCCAUGCAACACCCAAUGUAUACAAGCGGAAGAGCCGAGAGACCAAAGUGGAGGCGGAGCCUUGUGGCCCAGACUGCUUCCUGUGGCUGGAGGGCGCCAAGGAGUUUGCUGUGCUGCGCAACCCACGGUCCAAGUGCUCUGGACGGCGCCGCCGCAGGCACCCCACCCUCAACACCUCCUCUUCCUCCAGUGCUUCCGCCUCCACAAGCACUGAAGCCAAGGAAGGCGACAGUGACAGAGACACGGGGAAUGACUGGGCCUCCAGUUCCUCUGAGGCAAACUCCCGUUGCCAGACGCCAACGAAGCAGAAGCUGAGCCCUGCCAUCUCCCAGCCAGUCCUGUCUGACGUGCCUCUGGAGCCCGUUGAAUGGACAGGGGCGGAGGAAUCCCUCUUCCGGGUCUUCCACGGAACCUACUUCAACAACUUCUGCUCAAUUGCUCGGCUGCUGGGAACGAAGACGUGCAAGGAGGUGUUUCAGUUUGCAGUGAAGGAGUCCUUGAUAACGAAGCUGCCCACCAAUGAGCUGCUGAACCCCUCCCAGAAGAAGAAGAGGAAACACAGGCUGUGGGCUGCUCACUGCAGGAAGAUCCAGCUUAAAAAAGACAAUUCAUCCACUCAGGUGUACAACUAUCAGCCCUGUGACCACCCCGAGCACCCUUGCGACAGCUCCUGCCCUUGCAUCGUGACCCAGAAUUUCUGCGAGAAGUUCUGCCAGUGUAAUCCGGACUGCCAGAACCGUUUCCCUGGCUGCCGGUGCAAGACCCAAUGCAACACCAAGCAGUGCCCGUGCUACCUGGCGGUGCGGGAGUGCGAUCCGGAUCUCUGCCUGACUUGCGGGGCCUCGGAACACUGGGACUCCAAGGUGGUUUCCUGCAAGAACUGCAGCAUCCAGCGGGGCCUGAAGAAGCACCUGCUGCUGGCUCCAUCCGAUGUGGCUGGCUGGGGGACUUUCAUCAAGGAGGCCGUGCAAAAGAAUGAAUUUAUCUCCGAGUACUGUGGGGAGCUCAUCUCCCAAGACGAGGCCGAUCGACGCGGAAAGGUCUAUGACAAAUAUAUGUCCAGUUUCCUUUUCAACCUCAAUAACGAUUUCGUUGUUGAUGCAACGCGCAAAGGCAACAAGAUCCGCUUUGCCAACCAUUCUGUCAAUCCCAACUGCUAUGCCAAAGUGGUGAUGGUGAAUGGAGACCAUCGCAUUGGAAUCUUUGCCAAGAGAGCCAUCCAGGCAGGCGAAGAGCUCUUCUUUGAUUACAGGUAUAGCCAGGCAGAUGCGCUCAAGUAUGUCGGCAUAGAAAGAGAAACAGACAUCAUUUAAUUGCUGCUGCUAAGCUGCUGUGUCUGGAUCCAUGCUGCUUCCUUCGUUGCUGUGUUUGUUGAGAGAGCUUCAUUCCACCCAGAUUCCUUUUCUGCAGAGGGAGAGAGCGGCCCAGCUGAUGCUGUCCUGGGAAGCUGUGACCUCUGGCUGUUUGGCAGGAAGUGAGGUGGUGUUGGAAAGGCGGAACCAGGCCUUGGGUUGAAGCCCACUAUGCAGCAUACUGGCUGGAGGGGCGGGGAGUGCGCUGGGCUUGAGCAUCUCCGUUAAUCCUGUGCAGAACUGAGGAGCGGGAAGUAUUCCUUUCUUCUGGUUACCAGCCUGUGGGGAGAAACAAGGAGAGCCACAUCCUCAGCGAACCUGUCUGCAAGGAACGGUGGACUGUGGGGUGCCCUUCAGAGAUUCUUUGGGGUGAGGAAUUUGCAGCCUGAGAAGCCAGUGAUGGAUUUUGGUACAAAAGAGGGCAUGAACUUGUGGUAAAAGAAAGAGCGUGUGUGUGUGUGUGUACACACACAGGGGGAGGGCGAAAUGGCACCUUUUUGCUCCGUCAUGACAGUGUUUGCCAUCAUCUGAUAGCCGCAAGGAGAAGCAAGUGUUUUUAUGCUCCCCCCCCCUCCCUGAAGGUGCUCUUGGAGCCCCUGGAACAGGCAGCGGGGAGAGGAUGCUUUCUGUCCCGUGAGUCUGGAGUGAAAUCAUUGCAGGAAGAGUCCUGCGGCUGCCUGCUCACGGGCCCUGAUGUCUUUCUCACUGGGAAGAGGCUGAGAAAUUUCUCUUCCAGAUAUGCUGUCAAAAAGAGAGGCGGAGCUUCCUGCUGGUCUGUGCCUGGAGAGGAUGAGCCUCCCUCCAAAGCCUGUGGAUCAAGGUGUCCUUUGCCUCCCUCUUCCUGUGCCUGGCCCUGCUGCUCCAAGGGAGCCCGGGGCUUCUCAUUGGACUCUCUCCUCUGUCAGGCGCUUCAGUUGGAGCGUUUGGAGAAAGGAAAACAAGCACUUUUAAAGCUGGGAUGGUUUCCUGAGGGGCACGCGGGGGGAGGGGCUCGCAGGCUGGGGAGGAAGUGCUGCUGAAUCCCUGUCCCCUCAGCAAUCAGGGUCUUCUUCCGGGCUGUUCAUGCACAAAAAAGGCAAGCACUUUAUGGAGUAAUUCUCUCUGCCAAGUCUCAGGGCUGGACCCCCUGUGGCUGCAGGGGGUAGAAAGCUUACGGGGUGUCUUUCUUAUCUGGACUAGGAACUAGUAGAAUUGGCCCAGAGUGGCUGAGCUGCAGGCCAGGGAUAGAAACGGACUGAUUGCCUGGAGUGGAAGGUGUCUGCAGAAGAGAUGGGGAGAUGGCUGGCAAGGCACAGGAGUUUCCUGUGUGAGCCUGGAAGGACGAGAGAAGCAAAAAGUGGUAUUUUAAUGGGACUGAAUUUUGUGGUGGAGCGCAUGAGUUGCAUAGAACUCUCAGUCAUGACAUCAGAGUGGUGUUUUACCCAUGAUGGCACAUCAAAGAGAAGAACUAAGCCAUAGUAAGAAGAGUUAGCCACAACUUGAGAAGAGAUGUUAAGGAGUAGGCUUCUGUUAAUUGGCCAAACCCCUGCUCUAAAGGUGCGAAUUUGAAAUGUGAAGUAAUACUACAGAGUGCCUCCGGGCCUGUACUGCUUUUGGUGAGCUGCUUCAGCCCUCUAGAAGUAGGGGGGGGGGGAGGGCUUACUUGGGAGCAGACAAUAGGUGAGAGAAGUGAACUGUCAGAUCCCCCCCCUGCAUUUGCUUCCCAGCAGACUAACAGUUUCUGCCUGUCAUGGAGUGCAUUCUGCCAGAGGGAAGGCAACGCCCGCUCUUCCCCAUUUCCCUCUGCUUCCUUUCAAGAGGGGAAUAAAUACUCUGCUGCAGUGUUCUGGGCAGGGCUUUUGGGGCAGCCGUCCCCUGAGGCUCCAGCAGAGGAAUGCCCCCGUUAGUCAUCUGCCACCAGCCAAGGGGCUUUCCUUGGCAGCAGAGAGAGAUGCUGGGCCAAGCCCCGUGGGUGGCAAGAGCUAAAGGGCACCUUCCGUCUCACCGCCUUUGUGGGGGACUGCUGUGCUGGGAGGUGGUUUGUGUUCUGCAGUCUCGGUUCUGAGAGCGGAGGCAGGUGGGAGGCCCAGGAGGAGCAAGUGUGGGUGUGCAGAGGAAGAAAGUACAGGGUGCCUUUCCCUGGGAGAGCAGUCUUGCCUACAGUGGGGCAGCCUGCUUGAGCCCCGGCAGUGCAGUCUUCCACGAGGCUACACGCAGGAACAGUGUUGGGGCUGGUAUUCUGUGCUUUGGCUAGAGGGGAAGCGGCAGGUUCUUUUUUGCUCAAGUAGCUGCCUCGCGGAAAGAGGCUGUCCAGUGCUGCAAUGGUCAGAGGCUGGAGGGGCUGCAAGUCUAACCGUUUGUCAGAGGUUUGGCCUACAGCAGGGGCUGCUUUGGUCUUUUCAUCUACGUAUUUGAAUUUGACUUGACCAGGAGGUGCGUUCUUCUCACGGUGCUGGAGUGUUUGGGCCUCCCCCCCCCCAAACUAUGUAUGUAAGACACUCCCCCUUCCUGUAGCGUGAGGCACUUCUAAUGCUGAGGGGAGAGAGGGCCGCUGUUCUCCUGCAGGCACAGAAAAAACGCAAACCUUUGAGGAAGUUGCAGGAACAGGGCAGAGAGGGUGUGGCUGUUGGUGCUUGUACCUGCUUCCCAAGGCCUCUCCGAGGGCUCUUCCACUCAGCAGAGCAGAAAAGGAGUGGCCUCCUCAGCCUUCCCUCUCCUGCCCUGAGCUAACACUUUCUCCUUCCAGCAUCUGGCAUCUCUCUGCUUUCCUGCUUGCAACUUACGUGCACUUUACGUUGUGGCUUGUACAUUUUUGUCUUAAUAAAGUUUUUAGCAACUGCUGAAAA